AGAAUUUUGUAUGUUGACACUUAGCUGUCAAAGCGACGUUUAAAACAGACUUGCACGUGAAGAUUGAAAUACUUUGUGUAAUUCAUUUUUACUCAUCGUUGCUCAUAAACAAGCUUAACAAGUUAAUUAAAAACAUGGCGGUUCGCGUACAAUUUGAAAAUAAUAACGAAGUGGGAGUGUUUAGUAAAUUAACAAAUGCUUAUUGCAUGGUCGCAAUAGGCGGCUCAGAGAAUUUCUACAGCGUUUUCGAAGCGGAAUUAUCAGAAGCUAUUCCCGUCGUGCAUGUGAGUAUAGCGGGCUGUCGAAUCAUUGGUCGCAUGACGGUCGCCAACAAGAACGGUCUGUUGGUACCGUCAUCCACUACGGACACGGAGUUGCAACACAUCAGAAACAGUUUGCCCGACACUGUCAAAGUGCAGCGAGUCGAGGAGAGGCUGAGCGCUCUCGGAAACGUUAUAGCGUGUAACGACUACGUAGCUCUAGUGCAUCCGGACCUCGAUCGGGACACUGAAGAAAUUCUAGCAGACACACUCGAUGUGGAAGUAUUUCGGCAAACGGUAGCCGGCAACGUACUCGUAGGCUCCUAUAUAGCACUGAGCAACCGAGGUGGGCUUGUGCAUCCGAAAACGACGAUACAGGAUCAAGACGAGCUCUCGUCCCUCCUGCAAGUGCCGCUGGUGGCUGGCACUGUCAACAGAGGCAGUGAAGUGGUGGCGGCGGGGAUGGUGGUUAAUGACUGGUGUGCAUUCUGUGGCAUGGACACUACAUCUACUGAAAUAUCUGUGAUUGAGAGUGUUUUCAAAUUAAAUGAUGCGAAGCCCACAGCCAUCACAUCAACGAUGCGAGCAUCCCUCAUUGACAGCAUGUCAUAACACCUGCGGACAGCCCACUAGCAUUAAUGUUAUGUUUAGUUUAUAAUCAUUUUCUAUGAUAAAAUAUUACAGGUAACAUUUCUGUUGACCAAUUAAUUGGCAAAUACAAAUUUUGCAAAUGACACAAUGUACAUAUUGCUACUCCUUACUUGUUUUUGUUUGUUGUGCAAUAUUUAUGUUGUAUCAAUAUUGUACAAUAGUGUAUAAUAUAAUUUACAUAU